CCCGGGCGGGCCCGGCCCGGUGCGCGCCCCGCGGGGGCUGAGCCGCGCAGCGCUGCGCCAUGGAGCCCGCGGCGCUGGAGCCCGGAGGGGGCGCGGGGCCGGCGCCCGAGCCCAUCAGCUUCGGCAUCGACCAGAUCCUGAGCGGCGCCGCCGAGCCCGGAGCGGGGCCCGGAGCGGGGCCCGACUACGCGCGCUGCGGGGCGGGCUGCGGCGGCUUCGGCCCGGCCUGCGCGCUCGGCUCCUACAGCCUCAACAUGAGCAUGAACGUCCGCGUCAACGUGGCCCCCGCGCCCGCCGGCGUCAUCCGCGUCCCGGCGCACCGGCCCCUGCCCCCCGCCCCGGCCCCGGCCCCCGCCCCCGCCCCGGCCGCCGCCCCGGCCCCACCGCCCGGCCUGCCCUUCCCCUGGAUGGAGAGCGGCCGGCGCCUGGCCAAGGAGCGGCUCUCAGCUGCCCUAUCCCCGUUCGCCGUGACACGACGUGUGGGGCACCCCUACCAGAACCGGACGCCCCCCAAGAGGAAAAAGCCACGCACAUCCUUCAGCCGGGUGCAGAUCUGUGAGCUGGAGAAGCGUUUCCACCGCCAAAAGUACCUGGCCUCGGCCGAGCGCGCUGCCCUGGCCAAGGCCCUCAAGAUGACGGACGCGCAGGUCAAGACCUGGUUCCAGAACCGCCGCACCAAGUGGAGGAGGCAGACGGCAGAGGAGCGUGAGGCGGAGCGCCAGCAGGCCAACCGUCUGAUGCUGCACCUGCAGCAGGAGGCCUUCCAGAAGAGCCUGAGCCAGCCGCUGCCCCAGGACCCGCUCUGCAUGCACAACUCCUCGCUCUACGCCCUGCAGAACCUGCAGCCCUGGGCUGAGGACAACAAGGUGACCUCGGUCUCGGGGGUGGCGUCAGUGGUGUGAGGCCCUGUGGAGCCAUGUGCCCUCCCGGAGGGGCACCCUGGACGUGCCAGGGGGCACGGGGCUGAGCCCGGAUCCUCCACCCCUGCUGCAGGCGCAGGUGAGGGAGGACUGCCUCGGGCCGUGUGGAUGGAGGUGCCCCUGCCCCAGGCAUGGGCUGGCUCCUGGGUUGGUGUCUGCCCAGCCAG